AUGUCGUUCGUCUCAUCUCGCACCACGUCACCCUGGGCAGAAGAUACCUUGUGGAGCUUUUCUUCUUCUUAUAGUACUUCGGCUACUGCUUCGAGAACACCGGAACCUGGCUACCGUGUACUUUGGGACUCGUUGACUGGCUGGGGUGUGCCGCACGACUCGAGUACGGCGUCACCCCGUGUCACGCCGACGAUUUCUGCGGGUGUUUCGUCGAGGAAGAGCGCGUCGUCUGUUCUGUCAAGCGCCUCGCCUGCGGCAUCCCCAAACACUCCGACCGCAACCUCUGCAAGUACAUCCAUGCCAAUCGAAGUCCACAACAUCACCGUGACCCGCAUAAAGGCGACGAUGAGCUGGCCCUCGUUCAAUCUGUGCCUAUGGCCCGGCGUCCACACUGCUCUCGCCAGCACCACGCCCAGCCUCUGGGCAUGCCUCGUCCUCUCCGUGCCCCUCGUACUCUACGUCGCGUGGCUCGUGACCCACAGCCGUACCUUCACCGCGUACUUGGAGGCGCGCACUAAGCAUGCAAGCGCCCGCCAGACGUUCCGGAGCCUCUGGAACACGCGCGACCACUGGGUCUUGUCCUCACUCAUCUCCCUGUGGCUUCGCGACUGCAUCCCCGGCGAUGGCAUGUGGAGGGGUCGCAACGCGCGCUCGUUGCGCGACAAGGAGGACAAGUCUGCGCUGCAGAAGCUCGUGCGCAUGGGCAUCUUUCCUCUGUUCAUCCAGGACGGAGGGCUCCGGACGACGGAGGUGAGGAAAGGAGGACUGGGUCCGUGGGGAUGGUGGACAUGUCGGCUUUGGAAGCAGAGCAAGAAGUGCGGUGUUUUUGAGUUUGUGGUACCGCGCGCGCGGGGGUGGAUGAUUCAAGAGGAAGCUGUCACGGAUGCAAAGGAGAAGGCGAGGAGGAGGAUGGACGACAAUUACAUCCAGUUCGUCUACCAUUUAUGCCGUAGCAAGAACCUGAGACGCGCGGCGCGAUGGCGGGUCGCUGUGUCGGGGCAGGAAUGGGUAGGUGGUGAGGAUAGACCACUCGAGCUGACGGUGCAUUGGUCAAAGGCUGAGCCAGACCGCAGCGUGCCGUGGGAGAUGGGAGCAACAUCUUGUAUCAGAGCUUUUCUGCCUUUCAAGGGUGACCGAAUCCUGCGAAAAGGGGCAAGAAUUGAUCGAUUGUGGGGGACCGUCGCAGACUGGCUGAUGGGCACUAGGCUGCUGACAACAAUUCAUGUUCCUGUUGUGCGGAUCGAGGCGCCUGAUUCUCAGUACAUCGAAUUGGACAAGGAGAUCCUUCUCAUUGCGCAAGAGUCUGGGCUGGACGAAGACUGGGACGAAACGUUGGCCAAUUUCGAGCUACGGAAAGCUUAUCGUCGGGCCGAACUGGAUCCUGCGGACAUCCUUCCUGCUGAUUUCCUCACGAUCGAUUGA